AUGACCGAUACGUCAGCACAGCUCGCCAAACUGCGGAGUUUGAUGAAAGAAAGGAAAGUUCACGUUUAUGUUGUUCCCUCCGAAGACAGCCACAGCUCAGAAUACAUUGCUGCGUGUGAUGCCCGUCGCGAGUUCAUAAGUGGAUUUACGGGAUCAGCGGGAUGUGCUGUUGUCACACUCGAAGGGGCGGCACUCGCUACAGAUGGUCGAUACUUCAACCAAGCGGCGAAACAGCUAGAUGGCAACUGGACCCUACUGAAGCAAGGGUUACAGGAUGUUCCUACAUGGCAAGAGUGGGCUGCUAGUCAGUCCGCUGGAGGGAGAACGGUGGCCGUUGAUCCAUCACUCCUCCCCGGGUCAGCCGCCAAGAAGCUCGACGACCAAAUACGUAAAGCGGGUGGUACAGAAUUGAUACCACUGGACGAGAACCUGGUGGACAUGGCCUGGGCUAAUCUCCGCCCCGAUCGUCCUCGUCACCCAGUCGUUGUUUUACCGAAUGAACUGGCUGGAAAGUCAGUCGCUACGAAGAUUGAAGAACUGCGCAAAGAACUUCGCAAGAAGAAUUCUCCUGGCUUCUUCGUGUCCAUGCUGGACGAAGUUGCGUGGCUAUUCAACCUCCGAGGUAACGAUAUACCCUACAACCCUGUUUUCUUCUCGUAUGCCACUAUCACACCAGAUACGGCAAUUUUGUACGUCGAUGCGGCCAAGCUGGACGACUCCUGCAGAGGACAUUUACAGGCGAACCAUGUUGAGGUCAAACCAUACGAGUCCUUUUUCCUGGAUGCACGUCGACUACGUGCUGAAGUAACGGCUAGGAGAGAAGCUGGUGGAGAUGCCGGCGUGGUUGGUAACUUUCUCAUCUCGAACAAAGGCUCAUGGGCAGUCAGUCGAGCGCUGGGUGGGGAUGGUUCGGUAGAAGAGAUAAGGAGUCCAGUUGGUGAUGCAAAGGCUAUCAAAAACGAAACUGAAAUGAAGGGCAUGAGGAACUGCCAUGUCAGAGACGGGGCUGCCUUAAUUGAGUUCUUCGCUUGGUUGGAGGACCAGCUUAUCAAUAAGAGAGCCACAGUCGAUGAAGUACAAGCGGCCGACAAACUGGAAGAGUUACGAUCGAAACACCAACACUUCAUUGGCUUGUCGUUCCCAACCAUUUCUUCCACUGGCGCAAAUGCAGCUAUUAUCCACUAUGGCCCAGAGAAAGGCAGUUGUGCUAAAAUAGACCCGGCAAGCGUGUACCUCUGCGAUUCCGGAGCACAAUAUCGUGAUGGAACCACGGACACCACGAGAACACUUCACUUCGGAGAGCCCAAGGAUGCCGAGAAGAAGGCAUAUACCCUGGUCCUUAAGGGCCUCAUAGGUCUGGACACUGCGGUAUUCCCAAAAGGCACCACAGGCUUUGCUCUGGACUGCUUGGCUCGCCAGCACCUCUGGAAAACCGGGCUUGACUAUCGACAUGGUACUGGUCACGGUGUAGGUUCUUAUCUCAACGUCCACGAAGGUCCAAUUGGUAUUGGCACCCGCGUGCAGUAUACGGAAGUCCCAUUAGCUCCCGGAAAUGUCCUCUCAAACGAACCGGGCUAUUAUGAGGAUGGAAAUUUCGGCGUCCGAAUUGAAAAUAUCAUGAUGGUGAAAGAGGUUCAGACUGAGCAUUGCUUUGGUGAUAAACCGUAUUUGGGCUUCGAGCACGUUACAAUGGUUCCGUACUGCCAAAGCUUGAUUUGCAAAGACAUGCUCACCGCAGACGAAAAAGCCUGGCUGAACGCGUACAGUGACGAGAUUCUGAGAAGCACGAAAGGAUUUUUUGAAGGUGACGACUUGACAAUGGCGUGGCUCACACGGGAGACACGAUCGAUUGAGUAA